ACCGGAUCGAUUCUCUUUUGCUCGGUUGUUUCGUUGGUGUGGUUUGCUGUAGGAGGUUUUUGUGGUGUUGGUGUUCGAUGUCGGUGUGUGUACGGCAAGAGGAGGGCUAACGAUGGCAAGCUGCUUGUCAGUCUCGUGGAACCAGUUGCAAGGCAGUUGAAGCGAUAGCUCGAGUUUAGUUUCGUACUGUUCGCCUGAAGGCUCGUACACCAGAAGAGGUCGUGUCGUUGUUUCGUGUAAGAAAUCGAAGUGUGUAGUAGGAAGAAAGGAAGAAAGUGAUACUAGAAUCUGAUUCAUUUUUUGUUCUCUUGAUGGUGUAACGGCGCUGCUGUUCUCCUGUCCGUGUUGAUUACUGUUGUCCUCACGGGGUGUUUAGGUGAACACAGUUGUUGCGGGAAAAAACUAGCGUACGGAGGUUCGUUUUGAAGUAAGAGCGGAAGGCGUGAACGUUUUGCACAAAUUUGCAGUAACCCGUCGGUGUUUUUCGCGUGCCUUCAGCAGUGACAUGGUGUCGGAUUUUCGGUAAAACUUGGAACAAAGUGUUUUCGGGGGCACAAUACCCCACAGUGUGUGCGCGAGACGGCGGAAGAUUGUGAUAAUAUUUUUCGGAAGAUCGGUGUUCGGUGAAAAUUGGUCAAAAUUGAGAGAAUAAAACGAAAACGUGAUUCCUCUAGUGAGUUAAGUGGCAGCUCGGGCAGUACUUCAACCGGUCACAGCGCUACCACCCCAAAUAUAAGUAGCCAGCAACUUUCGGAAGCAGCGGCGGCCUACCGGAAACAGUUGGCCCAGCACGAAAGGAUGCUUCUUGAUACGCAGAACAAUAACACCAACAGUCAUCACCAUCUCAACCAUCUGAACCUGAACCACCAUCACCAUCACCUCGCAGCGGCAGCGGCGGCAGCGCAUAACGGCGGAAGUGCCGUUGCUGGAGCCAACAACAACCACGGCAGUGGACCGAUGAUGACGGCCAACAGCCGGAAUGUGGCCGCUUCGGCAGCGGCCCUGCAAGCGGCGGCUGCAGCAGCCCUAACGGCGGCCAAAGGCGCCACCGACUUCUCGAUCGCUGCAAUCAUGGCACUGCGGGAGGGCUCCGCAAGUCGGAGCCCUCUGGAAGCAGUAUUCGUAAGUGAUCCCCCGCGUUCGGUUGAUCGUCUCUCGCCGGAAGCGGAUGACGAAGUGGACGUCGACGUCGAGGAGUGUUCCGAUUCGGAGGAAGCGUCCCGGUCCGGGCAGGAGCGCAAUUCGCACUCCCGCGCAACGGCCACCCCCAACAGUGUCUCGGACGAGGAGCGGCUGACACCGGAACCAGCUUCGAAACGACCAACGAUCGUCGGAACGUGCAACUCGGACGAUCUGCGGCCGGUUCAGUGCCACCUGGAAACCAAAGAGCUGUGGGACAAGUUCAACGAGCUCGGCACCGAGAUGAUCAUCACCAAAACGGGACGACGAAUGUUCCCGACCGUUCGGGUUUCCUUCUCCGGGCCGCUUCGCCAAAUAACCCCGGCCGAUCGGUACGUGGUGCUGCUGGACGUGGUCCCGGUGGACAACCGACGCUACCGUUACGCGUACCAUCGCUCGGCUUGGCUGGUGGCCGGCAAGGCUGAUCCUCCUCCACCACCUCGGCUGUACGCCCAUCCGGACACCCCGAUCGGGGCGGACGCCCUCCGCAAACAGGUUAUCUCCUUCGAAAAAGUCAAACUCACCAACAACGAGAUGGACAAGAAUGGGCAGAUCGUUCUCAACUCGAUGCAUCGGUACCAGCCGCGGAUCCAUUUGGUGCGCCUGGGGCCCGGUCAAAACAUUCCCGUGACCCCGAAGGAGCUGCAGGACGUGGACCACAAGACGUACGUCUUCCCGGAGACGAUCUUUACCGCGGUAACGGCCUACCAAAAUCAGCUGAUCACCAAACUGAAAAUCGACUCGAACCCGUUUGCCAAGGGUUUCCGGGACUCCUCCCGUCUAACGGAUUUCGAUAGUUUUCCGGGCAUGGAUCCAAUGGAUGCACUUUUGCUGGAACAACACCUUCGAUCGCCACUUCGCCUCUUCCCGGAUCCAAUAAUGGCUCAGUUCGGAGGUGGCGGUCAGGAUCCCGAUGGUGCUCAAGCGGCUCUGCUGGAAAAAGCACGCCAACAUCUCCAAAUGUGGGGACGUGCUGCUCCCUACGGUGAUCUGCUGAUUCCUCAGAUGUAUCAACGACCUAACCUCGGUGCCCUCAACCUGGGACAUCUCUGGCAGAGCCAGUGGCCACCACAAAUUCCUCCGGGCUUCCUUCCAAACGCAGCAGCAGCUGCAGCAGUUGCCGCAGCCUCAGCUCCUCCUCCGCCGCCACCUCGUACUACUCCUCCACCAAACCAACCCCAAAUGACCAGCCCAGCCAGCUCGGCCGGAUCUCCGUCACCAGACCUCCGGGUGAAACACUUCGGAACCCGAUUCAGCCCUUACCAAAUACCCCAAGCUCAUCACCAUCCCUCUGCACAAGGUCAUCCCCCCUCCACCAUAUCAGCCCCACCCCAUCAAUCCCCAUCCCCCAGAAGCCCUUCCAACUAAUCCUCAACCCAGGCGCUUCCAAUACCCAAAAACGAAAUGUAACUAAUUCAAAGAGGCUUGUUCAAAACACUCAACCGACGUAGUUGAUCCGAUUUCCGAAGAUACAUAGAAACACACACACACUCAGUAUUAUCAUACAUCAUCGAAUGAAAGAGUUCAUAAACUUAAACAGCUUUUUCUACCACCAAUCACAUACUUACGCGAUAUAGAAACCCUCAAGCCCAUCUGUAAAUAGUUCAUCAAUUAAAUUUAAAACACAAGAAAAAUACUAUUAAAUUAAUCCCAUAGGGGUAUUAUUUAUUACACACUAUCAUUGAAAGGAAACACUCACCCCGAAAAAAACACAUUCUAGAGUAUAACUAUCGAAAAAAGUGAAAAAAAAAACAAACAAAACUCCGAGAAGCGUAGUGUUUUCAAUGUUGCAAUUUUUGACGUUCUUUUCUGUUUUUUAGUAAAAAAAAAAGUUCCAAAAAGCUACUUCCCUCAAAAUAAAAUGGAACCAGCUAAUGGCGGGUUCUGUUUCGUCCUGAAGGGAGUAGUUCAAAUUGUUCUGUAAAUAGCUGAACUGUUUUGAGUUUAUUGUAAAAAAAUAAAAAAGAAAUUAUCGUAACCGAACUGCUUUGGAACAUAAAAACACACACACAAACACACUCGAAUACAUCAUUAGUCUAGCAAACACCCUUACCUACUGUGUACGUGAAUGUGAGCUAAGUUAGUGUGGUUAAAACUAAUUAUGAUAAAGAUAAUAAAAUUAUGAAAACAAAUGAAAAUAAAAAAAAUAAAACAAAACGAUGCACAAUGCAAGUGAAGAUUCCUACUUAGAACAAUGUUACUUAUAAUUACCUUCAUAAAAACACAAACACAAACACUCGUAUACACAUUCAAACACAUCAAACAAACUCACUCAAAGGAAGAAAAGAAAGCGCAAAAUAUUUUGAUUUGUAAAUAAUUAAUCAAUGGAGGCAAAAAAUCAUAAUAGGAACUAUUCUUUCCAAUAAAGGUACUACAACAGAUCACGAGUUGUUAACAGUAACAAAAAAACCAAACAAAAGGUGGAUAUUUAGAUGGAAAAGCCAACGAGGAAAGUGCGCAGACAAACAUACAUUCAUACAAACUCGUAGAUGUAUUUGAUAAUAAAAACCAUAAAUCUGAAUUGGAAAGGUGAAGAAACAAACGAAAAAAAAACACACAGUGAAAAUCGAUGUUGUAUAGAUGAAUUUCAAAGCAAAAAUAAACA